AUGAGUAAUGGAACCCUCCAUCAAUGGCUAUAUGGUAGGUCACACCAAGAAGCCAUGAAGAUGGGAUGGACUUUAAGGUUAAAGAUUGCGGUAGGGGUGGCAAAAGGGAUUGCAUGGCUGCAUCACAACAAUGUCCUCCAUCUCAAAAUCAACUCAAAAUGUAUCUUAUUAGAUGACAAGUUUGAACCCAAGAUCUCAAAUUUUGGCAACGCCAUAAUCUUGAUAGAUACAAGUGACACCCCUUUAAGUGAUUGCAAUUUUAUAGUUCCAGAUUCUAGUCCCUAUAAAGAUGAUGUUUAUAGCUUUGGAAUUUUGUUGCUUGAGUUGGUUACUAGUAGAGAACCAUCGACAUGGAUCAACUCCCUAACAGAUUAUGUGUGGGGUGUGGACUUUGAUCUGAUUGAUGAAUGCUUAAUGGGACAAGGAUUCGAUGAGGAAAUAUAUGAAAUACUAAAAAUAGCAAAAAAUUGUAUUCAUCCAUGUGAAGAUGAGGCAACAAACAUGCUUCAAGUGUAUCAAGCAAUGUGUGCCAUCGGGACAUCAAGAAACGAAAUAUCCCUGGUUUCAUAUACUGAUUUAGAAAAUAACCAGAGAGAUGUGUAG